CAACAGUCUACAAUCAUCUCGUCUCCCCGGCCACUCAUCGCGUCACGAACCUAGAUCGACGCGUUUCUGAUCUCUAGUCGAUCAAAACCGUCGGGUCGCUCUUGUGACAAGGCAUCGUUGCACACCGGUGACGGCGGCGGCGACGGUGACCUCUCCUAGAUCUUUCGCGACGAUGGGAUGCCUUCGUUAAACGCCUAUACAUCCUACGAGACUCUCGCUUUUUGCCAAUCUGUCGCCCAUUAUGGUGCCGACACAUCUGCUUUCGAGGAAAUCGCAAAAUCCCUGAAUGCGAACCAGCUCAUCCGUGACAACCAGACUUACGACCCGAAUAGAUUGACUGCGGCUGCCCUACAAGGGUUAUACCAAGAGUUGGUGAUAGAAGAGAAGACGGCGGACACUCCUUUGGUCAAUGGCGAAGAUGGCAACCCGCGCAAACGAAAGCUUUCAACUUCACCUGCUCCCUCGGAAGAUGGUCAAAAUGUCACAGGAAAAUUAUUAAAGGCGGUGGUAGACAACCUAUAUGCGACGUUCAGAGAACAAACAAUCAAAGAAAUUCGACUGGAAGAGGAGUCCUAUAUCAAGAUCGAAGCUGAAAUUGCCGAUCUAGAGAAGAAGGAUGAGGAUGAGCAGCGGCAGCAGACGACUUCGGAGGAAACGAAACCAACACCACGAUCAAAAGAUGCUGCGCCCAAGACCGCAGAGGCUCAAACCAGUCCGGAUGCGGCAGCUGCGCAAUUACAGGCCAGCUUGGAUGCCAGUCGUGCAGAGCAGAAAGCCGAACCAUUGAAAGAAUCGAGGUCGUCACCAACAGCUGUCCACCCAGCUCAACCUCAACCUGUGGUAGCUUCUCCAGCGACCCCGAGCGCUCCCUCAUCGAGGGUGUCUGCAGAGCCUGUUCAGUCCAAGCCCACUCAAGCUCCGAGGCAUCCUCAGCCUUCACCAGGCACGUAUCAACGACCAUCACCUCAGCGGCAGGAGUAUGUACCUAAUAGUCAACCAUAUCCACCUCAAGCACACCCAAUGCAAAUGGUUUCGCAUGCGCAAACUCAUAUGCCUCCGCCUGUGGAGUAUCCAGGAUCUAGACGCUCACCGUCUGGUCAAGGCAGAGGAUCUCCGGUUCCUAUGCAACAACAGCAGUUUGCGGCGUAUCAAGGAUACCAACAACCUUGGCCUCAUCCUCCACAGCAUUAUCCCCCUCCACCGUAUCCGAAUCAAUUCUACCCGUACCAUACGCCCCAAGCUCCACAAUUCCAGCACUAUCCUCAGAGUGCACCAGUUCACUGGGCUGGCCAGCCUCAUGCUCAAGUAUGGCAUCCUCAACCAUAUUAUGGUCCUGGUUCCGCCAACGUCACACCCAUUCCCCGAAGCGCAUCCACUCAGCCACUUAGGGGUAGGUCCUCGACUCCUUGGAAGCGACGGGGAGAAUCUGCGAGUACUCUGCGCAAACUCAGUCCUAUCCGUCCAAGCAAGAGAGACGUCAGUCCAAUCUCCGACACAGAGUCACCGUCGCGUUCCACAAAGGCCAGAAAACCUACAGAGAAGAAUGAACACUUGCUUUCUGCACAAGAGGCAAGAGGAAGACAAGGCGCCAGUGCUACUCCUGGCGUUGGUGAUUCAAGAUCGCAGUCCAUUGCGUCUUUCAUAUCAGAGACUCCUAUGGAAAAGAAGAAAAGGGGUAGACCACCCUCGAAAAUCAAGGCCGAACCACCUAGUACUCUUGUACCGAUCCUGUCUGAUACUGAACCUCAACAAUCUACUGGCCGGGCUGGGAGACCUAGGAAGACCACGGUGAUCUCCAAGAAUGAACAGCCCCAGACAGCUGUGAAGCGGAAACGCUCACAUGCUCGAGACUCAGUGACGCCUCCACUACCAUCUCCAGCUCGCGUACAAUUGCGCCGUCAGCCGUCUCAUGACUCCACGCUCGUCAGUGUAUCCAAGAACUUCUCGAAGACUGCUCAGCUUCUACUCAACGACAUUACUUCGCACAAAUUGGCCGGGAUUUUCGCCAAACCACUAUCUGAACGUGAUGCUCCUGGCUACAAAGACCUGAUUUUCCGACCACAGGACCUCAAGAGCAUAAAAGCCGCGGUUUCCAAGGGCGGACGGGCAGCUUUGGCAGCCAUUGAAGCUUUGGAGGCCGAGGACAAGACCACAGAGGAGACGCCCACCAAAAAUGCGCCAGGGCCCGAAACCGGAGAACGUUCUCUGGGCAAUGGUAUGUACUUGGUGAAGAAGACAGAAGAGCUUUUGCCGCCCAAAGGGAUCGUCAACUCGUCACAACUGGAGAAGGAAAUGGUGAGGAUGUUCGCCAAUGCAAUCAUGUUCAACCCCUUACCCACAUCGGAAAGAGGCUUUGGCAGGUCCCUUCGGCCCAGGAAACAGGCCGGAGACGUCGACCACGACGCCGAAAGCACGAGCUCGAGUGAAGAAGGAAGUCCGGCCGAUGAGGGCGGCAUCAUCUCGGACGCGCGAGAAAUGUUUGACGAUGUCAUGGUUGCUAUCCGGAAAUGGCGAGAAGUCGAACUGGAACGGCUGGGUGGAGAAGAUGCGGCGACAGCAUCUAGUAUCAAGGCCGUGCAUCCGCAGGGAAGUGCGAGUGCUAGUGUUAGGCAUUCUAGUGUGAGCUCGGCGCUGAAUGAGGAUGAUGGCGGUGGGGAGUCGGCGGCAGCUUCGACGCCUGUGCCUGCAACGGGAACGGCGAGGAAGAGGAGAAGGAUCGCAGAAUGAGUGAUGGAUGGAUGGGGAUAGAUCAUGAAUUUCUUUGAGGCAGUAAGGCUGCGUGUAGACUUUGUAUGCCUAGGGAACUCGGGCAUGAUCUUGCCAAUGGCUGGACGGAAGUCUGUUUGUUGAAAGGAGCCAGCGCGUUGACAAUUGUGACAUAUAUUUCAUGCUCUGAGUUAGACGACGCCCGUAGAAGAAGACGGAUUGCAGGGCUGAUUAUUUGUCGUAAAUUUUGUCGCCUUUACGGAGUAUACAUGCUUAGAAACAUGGGAUGACACGUUGCUUGCACAA